CUCUGGCAGAGUCGGCGUUUGCCUUCGAGCAGCCUCCUGGUGCCACUGCUCUGCUCGGUGCGCAUUGCCCGGGACCCCUGGGCGGCCAGGCUUUGCCAGCUCUCCCGCGGCCCUCGGAAGCAGCGUGUCUGUCCGUCAUGAGGAACACCAGCAAGGAGCUGCCGGGCUCGAACCGCUACGCUCCCUGCGACUGGUAUUACCACCUUCCUGUGAAGCGAUCUGAGAAAGCUGUGGAAGUUCCUCCAGCCUCCCAGAUCCCAGGCCUGAGCCAUCUGAGAGACACACCCAAUGGGCACCCAUUUGGGACUCGGAGGUAUUGGGUCAAAGAAACAGACUCAGAAUAUGUGAAAUUGGCAAAGCAAGGUGGUCGGCCUGAUCUGUUGAGACAUUUCUCUGCCUCUGGGUCAAGGAAGGGCUCUUCACUGGCCUACUCCCUGCCAGACUGGUAUGUCCACCACAGCAAGCCACCUACAGCUGCUCAGCGACAAAUUCCUGCUGUCUCUAUGCCAGAUUAUAUGGUAUAUGAGGAGUUUAGCCCUGAUAAGACCAAUGGUACUUACGAGUCCAAAAGAGGUCCCUUCGAUUUUGACAUGAAGACGGUUUGGCAACGAGAUGCUGAUGAACUUGAGGAGAAAAAAAAGGUGAAGCUGCCGGCCAUUAACUCAAAGUAUUCCAACAAAGUGGGGACCCCUGCAGGCCCCAGAGAUGCUGCAGGAAGACUCUCCUUUCCUCCCAUGCAUGGUCAAAAACACAGUUCACCUACAAACUUUUCCAAACUUAUUAGCAAUGGUUAUAAGGAUGAGUGGUUACAGCAGCGAUCUGAUUCAGAAAAGCGAACCCCACAGACAUCUAGGGCUGCGGCAGCAUCAUCUCAGCCCACACAAGAUGCUGAGGAGAAUCUAGAUGAAGAACCAACCACAGACUCAAAGGUUCCUGAAGGCUCUGGGAAGGACCAAGAGUCUUCUUCUCCAAGUCGAUCAGCUCCCUCGUCUGCAUCAACACCAGCAGAGCUCAAAUAAACCCCAACUAAAUCUGCAUGCAGGGUCAUUUUCUAAUGGCUAGAUUUGAUCCAACUUUUUGCAGUUCUAUUUAUAAAACAUAUUUUAUUAACACGGAUACUUAUGAAUUUAUCUUAUAGAAGAUUUUAUGAUACAAGUGUUGGGUUUUGAUUUCUUGCAUGUCUUUUUGCUUUGUUUUGCUUUUUGAGCUGCAACCCUGGCAGUGUUUCUGGCUGACUGCCGGUGAUGCACUCAGGGAUCCCUCCUGGCAGGGAAUGGGGGAGCAUUUGGGAUGCCAGGGACUGAGCCUGGUAGGCCACAAGGAAGGCAAGUGAUUCCGGCUGUGCUAUUGCUCCAGCCCAAUCUUUUGCAUUUCUUUAGGAUAUUAAGUAUCCUAAAGAAAUGCAGCCUUUGGGGACUGCAGUACCUUGCUGGCCUGCCAAUGGCUUCACGUAUCCGAAUCAAUCACUUUUUCCCUUCAUUUGACAUUGACUUCUAUGUGUGUGCCUCCAUUGGUGGCAUUUGUAUCAAAAUCAGUUUUUUAGACUAUUUCUAAGAGAAACAGAACACACUUUAAACCUUUUUCCAUUAUUUGGGUUUAUAAUCUUUGUAGGUGCAAUUUUUGUUACAAAAACUUAAUUCCAGAAUUAUUGCGGCACAGUUUAUAUUAUGACAAAGAUGAAUUUAUUAUGUCUUGAAGUUUGAUCAUUUACUAAUAAAAGAUAGCAUUGGCUAAUUUAUUUUUGCUAAUUAUUUUAUAUAAACUAAAUGACAGUAAGCAUUUAUUUUGCAUAUGAUAAGACAUGUUUAAUAUUUAACUCAGUAGUUCUUUAUAUAAUGAGACUAAAUUAUCUCAUUUAAUAAAUUUUGUUAUUCACCAUAUCAAAAUAUAUAGUAUUUAGCAUUAAAACAUAAUUUGCAUAUUGUACACUCAAUUCUCUAAUAAAAUUUUUCUUUGGAUGGUUUCAGAAUUCAAUUUUAAUAUCUUUCUCAAUUAACUUAUUAUGCACUUGCUUAUAUAAAAGAUAAAAGUUUAAAUUAGUUUUUUAAAUGCUAUUUCAAAAACAAAUUAGUUUUUAUAAGUCAGAUAUUUUGAGCAGAUAAAUCUAUAUUAUUUGUGAUCGAACUGAUAGCAUAUGGGAGAAUGUAUGCAGUGUGAAAAAGGGCAUAUGUUGAAUAAAAAGAUAUUUCAUUAUAGAAAGAAGUGCUUUUUCCCCUUCUUUUCUCUGUUUCCCUCCUCUUCCUUUCUUCACCUCAAUUCCUACCUCCCUCUUAGUUGAGGGUAUUUUCAAUAAUCUCAUCCUUUUGAAAAAACCUUCAAGGACGGGUAUCAGUAGAUUACAAUUUUAUUAUUUUUAAUGGAUUCUGGUCUUGGUUUUGGGUGCACAGCCAGCUGUGCUGAGUCUUACUCCUGGCUCUGUGCUCGGGGACCAAUCAUGGAUUGCUCAGGGGAACAUAUAUAGUACAAGUAAUCAAACUGCAAGCUGUGUGCAAGGCCUACCCACUAGACUAGUUAUCUAAAUAACUAUUUUUUUUGAAACUAUGAAGUACCGGAAAUUCAUGAUUUAGGGAAAGGACAGCAAAUAAAUGCCCGUGGUCAAAGUUUGGUUCCACCUAGGACAGCCAGAGUUCAUUACUGGAAAAGCCAAUCGUGCAGCUGACUUUCCUAUUGGUAAAAUGCAACAAUCAAAUAUCUGAAAAGAACUGGAAAAUCGUCAUCAAAAUUAUCUUUCUUAAAUAGAUUUAUUACAGGAUUAAAAAGUUGCAAGACCAUGGGGCCUGGGAGAUAGCACACAGGGCUGGGGCACAUGUGCUUACAUGCUUUGCAUGUAGUAGGCCUAACUCUGAUCCCUGGGACAUGCCUGAGCAUCACUGAAUGUGGCUUUCAAAGUGAAACUUAAUACACAUAUAUCAUAUUUUAUAUAGUACACAUAUUGGGAGAUAAUAUAUAAAUUGUAAGUUUAAGAUUUUAAAAAUAUUUAAAGGGUUGGAGAAAAUACUGAGAUUAAAGUGCUUCCUUCCAUCCAGCUCUCUGAUUUGACCGUGAGAAUCACCUGUAGUCCCCCAAGCAUCAUCAGGAGCAAUCCCUGAGCCUAUCUGGGUGAGGCCCCAAAUACCAACUUCCUUCCAAACUUGAUUAAUUUAAAGAAAAUCUUUUAAAAUAAUGAUAUAUGAGUUUUAUACCGUGUAUGAAUACAUGAACAAUCUUCUAAUGUUCUGACAUUUCUGUAGAAGGGAUGUGGCAACUUUGGCUCAACUUCAGUUUAAUGUGAGUUUAUUUUCUCCUCUACAAAAUGAAAUAUUUCUUUUCCAAGAAUGGUUGUGGACACUAGUCAGGAUAAGGUUUAACAAAGUUCUUAACAUAAUGCCUGACAAAUAUGUGGUACUCAGUCAUUGUCUCAAAUAGUCUUCAGAAUACUAAGACUCAAUUAUAAUGGCUAAAUUUCUCAUGAAGGAGGCACAUGUAGAAAAACUAAUACCAUUGGCUUAAAUGUUUUGCCAUAACUUAGUGGGGGAGGGUGUCUCAUUUUCUUCCACAAUCAUAGCUGGGAUCACUUGUAUCACUUGUCACUUGUCAUCCCUUUGUUUAUCGAUUUGCUCGAGUGGGUAUCAGUAACAUCUCCAUUCAUCCCUGUCACAUGCUAGUGUAGCCCAAUAGUGUCUAGUCACUCUAGGAACACGAAGAACCUCAAACUGUUCUUGAAGUCUGGGUCUUGAAGUCUGACCAUCUCAUAGGUGGACGGCCAUGUGUUCUUUUGACAUUCUGUGGAAUCCAGUUGGUAAUAGCUCUAGUCCAGCGGUCAUCUCCAAAUCGCAUUACAUGUCUGGCCCAUCUGAUUUUCGACGCCUUGGUAAACGAGACAACGUCCCUGAUUCUCAAUCAUUGAUGGAGGUUGGAACUCCAGAUUCCUUCUCUCACUUGAGUGAAACAUAAUAUCCCAAGAAUAGCUUUUUUGAUUCCUCUUUGGGAUACCUGAGUCUCGUUCUCAUCCUGUUUGCAUAGGGCCCAGGUUCUGAGGCGUAUGCCAGUGCAGGAAGAACGAUGGAGUUGAAAAGAUAUGCCUGGACCCGGAGGUUCUUCAUCCUCUUAACCACUUCUUCGAUGCGCUUGAAGGCGUUCCAUGCUGUUCUCUUCCUUCUGCGCAGUUCAGGUACCAGGACAUUUCUAAUGAUAAGUUUUCGACCUAGGUACACAUAACUGCUGCAUUCGGAAAUGUUGGUUCCAUUGAGAGCAAAUGGAAUGUCAGGUACUAGUCUGGUUCUUAUGAACAUUGUCUUCGUGAGAUUCAGCUGCAGUCUGACCUUUCCACAUGCAUGGUAGAUGUCGGCCAGCAUUCAUACUGCUUGGCUAAUGUUUGGCUCAUAAAAGAGAACGAUGUCAUCAGUGAAGCGGACCUGAUGUAGUUGCCGACCAUCUAUCUUCAUUCUGUUCCUUCCUGUUCCAGUCAUUGCAUGAUGUUCUCGAGGGUGGCACUGAAGAGUUUCAGUGAAAUGAUAUCACCUUACCAAACCUCUCUCUUUACAUCGAUGAUCACUUCUUUGUAGAAUGGUGAGAUCCUGGUGGUGAAUCCGUAAUAAAGCUCAUGGAGGAUCCUGAUGUAUUGAGUUUGAACGCUCUGUUUGGCUAGGGCUUUGAUAACCGCUUCAGUCUCAACAGAAUCAAAGGCCUUCUUUAAAUCAAUGAACGUUAGACAGAGCGGCACCUUGAACUCUUGUGAAACCUCAAUGAGCUCGGUCACUGCGUGGAUAUAGUUGAUUAUGCUGAAUCCUUUUUGGAACCCUGCUUGCUCGCAUGGUUGUCCUCCAUGUAGUGUUCUACCAAUCCUAUUCAGGAUGACUUGAAUGAAUAACUUAUAGACGAAGGACAACAGACAGAUUGGGCCAUAGUUGCCAAUGUCGUGAAUGUCUCCCUUCUUGUACAACAGGACUGUCCUGCUAGUUUUCCAUUGGGAUGGAACCUUGCAUUCAGACAGGUAGUGUGUGAAGAGCUGUGCCAGUGUAUUGACGAGUGCUGGCUGCAGAUUCUUCAGGUGUUUGGGUCUGACCUUGUCUGGACUGGGUGUUGUAUGCUUCUUUACAGAUGAAAUGGCUUGUUGGAUUUCAGAAGGGAGAACACUGGAAAUGACAUAUCCAUCCUGCGGAAUUUAGUAUGUGGGCAGGUGGAUGCAGCUAUCAAAGAGAUCCGAGUAGAAGUCGUGGAUAACCCUUUUCGUUGUCCUUCUGAAAGAUGUAUAGAUCCAUCAGAAUGUUGCAGGGCAGUCAUCUUGGUCUUAAGGUUGGCAAAGGACAGGCAGGCAUUGUGAAUACUUUUCCCAGCUUCUGCCAAAUCGGCCAACAUUUCUGCUCUUUUCUCUUUGAGGUCUUCCUUUAUCACUUCUCUGCAUAGCUUUGCAAGCUCCGACGUUAGCUUGUGAUUGCCAAUGCCUGAGGCUUGUGCCAAACCACGUUGGCGAAUGAGCUCGAGAGUUUCCGAAGACAGGCAUCUUUUUGUGGCUUUCUCUUUCUUGGUGUUCCUUGCAAAAUUGUGGAGGUGCUGAACUAGUCAAUCAUAUUCCUUGUUGGUGUUGUCAACAAUGGCAUCUUCCCAUAUUGCUACAGUAGUGCCAAAGAGCUCCGAGUUGGUGGUUGUUCUGGGAGUUCUCUUAAACUUUGCAGCCCUUUCUCCCUGCUGCAUAAAGUAGAAUUUCGCAUGAAGGAGGUGGUGCUCUGGUCCUGUUUGUAAUUUUGGGACAACAGCAACAUUAGUCAGGUAAAACCAUAGAUUGAAUAUGAUAUGGUCAAUUUCAGGUGGAACUGUCCACUGGGAGAUUCCCAUGUCCAACAUUUAGAUUCGAUCUUCUGGAACUGUGAGUUACCACGGAUGGUCUUGGUCAAUACAAUGAACUCAGACAGUCUCUCACCCUGUAUGUUUCAUUCUAGGUCACGGAUCCCAAUGUGGAGUUCUUCAGGUCAUUAAAACCUUGGCAUUAAAAGCACCGACAAUGACCUUGUAGAAGGUGUGGUCUUUAUAGAACUUCUUCAGCUCCAUGUAGAGCUUCUCAAUUUCUUCUUCAUUGUAGUUGGAUAUUGGUGCGUAGAUGAAGAAGAUAGAAACUGCGAACUAUGAGCCACAUCUAUUCAAACGUAAGCGUCCAUGCUGGGGUGAUAGCAUAGCAGGUAGGACAUUUGCCUUGCACACAGCUGACCCGGGCUCAAUUCCCAGCAUCCCAUAUGGUCCCCUGAGCACUUCUAGGAGUAAUUCCUGAGUGCAGAGCCAGAAAUAACCCCUGUGCUUCGCCAGAUAUGACCCAAAAAGCAAAAAAAAAAAAGUACUCAUCCGAUUUGGGUUGUUAGGCAUUUGAAUGAAUCAAUGCUCAUGGCCAAAUUCAUGUUGACGAGGACACUGAGACCACCGACACCUCUGCAGUCGCAUGUUUCGAGGAACAGUUCUUCUCCAGUGUCGAAAAUGGUGUGAUGCGAUCGAUGCCUUCUCGUCUCAGCCAAUCCAUUGAUGUCAUACUUGAUCUUCUGUGCUUGCACCAUUAGGUCCUCAAUGGAUGCUUCUGAUGACAGCGUACGUAUAUUAAAAGUGCAGACAUCCGCCCAGAGAUGAACCGAGAGCUGCGGCACGAGAAGCAGAGCCUCCGCGCCUAUUGACUGUGAUCCUGAGGUCUCCUAACCCAUUUUGGCACCAGAGCGGAUUCUUGCAGCCAUCCAUUUUGACUGUGAUCUGAGCUAAAAUAAGUCUUCACUCUUACCAAUGAAGAGAAAUUAUUAGAUGAUGCCUAUUCAGCAGGCCUGAUUGUUGGGGAAGAUUUCCAAUCAAUAAUAGUGAGUUCUGUAUGGAAAUAUGAAAUGUACUCAAUAUAUAGGGAAUA